CGCCUUCAUCCGGGAACUACUACGAACUCGCUCUCCAACAUGGCGGCGUCAGCUAAGAAGAAGAAUAAGAAGGGGAAGACCCUCACCCUGACUGACUUCUUGGCAGAGGACAGUGGAGGCACCCCAGCCCCAAGCUACCCAGCCAAGUCCACUAGCUGGGCUGAUGAGACUGACGACCUGGAUGGAGAUGUCUCGACUUCGUGGCACACGGAGGAGGAUACGUACCGAGCACCGCCCAUUGACCGCUCCAUCCUGCCCACAGCACCACGCUCAGCCCGUGAACCCAAUAUCGACCGGUCCCGACUGCCCCGUAGCCCACCUUACACGGCGUUCCUGGGCAACCUGCCCUAUGAUGUCACUGAGGAAUCGAUCAAAGACUUCUUCCGUGGUUUGGCAAUCAGUGCAGUGCGUCUGCCUCGAGAGCCCAGUAACCCAGAGAGGCUGAAGGGCUUUGGUUAUGCUGAAUUUGAUGAUGUUGACUCCCUCCUGAGGGCCUUGAGUCUCAAUGAGGAGAACCUGGGCAACCGCAGAAUCCGUGUGGAUAUUGCAGACCAGUCUAAUGAUAAAGAGAGAGACGGACUUAUGGGAGGCCGUGACAGGGGUGGACGAAUGUCGGACAUGGGUCCUGACAAGACAGACAGUGACUGGAGGGCUCGACCCAGUGCAGAUGCUGACGAUGGACCUCCCAAAAGAGAUGAUGCUUUCGGAGAGAGAUCUCGAGACCGUUAUGAGUCAGAUCGUUAUAGAGAUGGGCCACGGCGGGACAAUGAUCGUUAUGACAGUGGAAGAGAUCGCUACCGGGAUCGCUAUGAUGACAGAGACCGCAGAGACUACGAUAGAGGAGGUUUUGACUCUCGUGGUGGUGGGGGAGGUCGCCGUGCCUUUGGCAGUGGCUUCCGCCGUGAUUACGAUGACAGUCGGGGUAGCAGUGACCGUUAUGGGGACAGGGAUCGUUAUGGCGACCGUGAUGGUGGUGACCGGUAUGAGCGGCGCGACGACAGAGCUCCCCAGCAGAGACCCAAGUUGAACCUGAAGCCCCGUAGUGUGCCCAAGGAGGAUGAAAGUAGUGGUGGCGGCGGCGGCGGCGGCAGUGGCGGCGGCAGCGGUGGUGGUGGCGGUAGUGGCGGUAGUGGUGGUGGUAGUUCCACAGCUGCAGCUCCGACCUCUGGCAGCAGGGCCUCAUCCAUCUUUGGUGCUGCCAAGCCAGUUGACACAGCAGCCAAGGAGAGGGAGGUAGAGGAGAGGCUGAAGAAGGAGGAGGAGAGGCUGCAGAGGCAGCUGGAGGAAGACAAGGGUCGAGGACCAGACAGAAAGAUGCGAGACAGGGACCCAAGCUGGCGCAAUGAGGAAACUCAUACUGAGCGAUCUCGCACAGCAAGUGAGUCUUCACAGCCAGGAAGCACUUCUGGAAGAGCUUCACGGUGUCGAGACAGCGAGCGCUCUGGGGAGAAUGAGGUUUUCAGUGGGAGAGAAGAUGAACCCUCAUCCCCUGGGGCCUCCCCACGGCCUUCCUCUACCAGCUCCUCCAAGGAGCCGCUGAAGGUUAUGCCUGCACCCCCUCCCAAGGAGAAUGCCUGGGCCAAGAGAAGUGCGGCCAGCACAGGAUCCAGCGAGGGUGAUAGGCGACCCCCAGUCUCCCCUGUCUCCCCAAGUGGUUCAACUCCUCCCAAGCUCAGCUCCUCAAGUUCUGCAGAUGAAAGAGGAUCUGGAAAGGAUGAGAACAAGGCUGACGGUGUGCGUCGGGACCGGGGUCCCCCACGGGCAAGAGGGGGGCCUGCAGGGCCUGGAGCAGGGCGGGGCCGAGGAGAUGGUCCCAACAGAGACCGAAGAAAGGAGGCAGACAGAAAGGAUAACAGAAGAGACCGAGACUCCAGACCACCACCAGAGCCAAAGAAAUACGAAGAAACCCCAACCCCUAAGUUCAGCUCAGCCAGUAAAUACGCCGCUUUGCUAAUGGAUGGAGACCAAGGAGACGAUGCUGAGGAUGUCGAAUAGAAAGAAAAUAACAAGAAGAGACCCAAGAGAGCAAAAAGAGGAGAAAAAUGACGAACGCCUGGAAAAAAAAAAUAAUCUCACAUACAUAGCUUAUGAAAAAUCUCCUCACAUGGAAGAGGCUCCCGGGAGGACAUCACUCCCUCCCUCCUUUCCUUCUUCAAACCUAUCCUUUACUUUCAAACCUCCCACCCAUCCUCCUUUCUCUGCCCCAACUUCAGGACUUUUCAGGUUCUAAAGAAUAAUAGUCACAUACUGGACUUGUUUUAAAUGGAAAAAAGGAGUAGCUGACACAUGGAAAAGUGAUGAUAACAUUGAAUUAAUUGUAAUAAAUAAAUGGAAAAAGUGAGGAAAAAAA